AUGGCCCGGGAUAUGAUCUUGCUGAUCCUGUUUGCAAACCUCUUAACGAUAUUUUGUCAAGAAGAAACCGCUCAAGGAUCAACAGAAGAUCAACAAAAAGAUGACGGAAAACUGAGUUAUUCGUUCAGCUACGGCGUGGCAGAUGCUCGAACUGGAGACGUGAAAGCAGUGUGGGAGGCCAAAGAAGGUGACACUGUCAAAGGUCAAUACAGCGUCUUAGAAGCAGACGGUUCAACAAGAACAGUCGAGUAUUCAGCCGGUCCAAAUUCUGGUUUUAAUGCAAUAGUGAGCAAUGAUAAUGAUUUCCUUCCCACAAACGAAAUUGAAAGUAAGAAAACCGGGAGAAGCCUUAUCGAAGACAAGACUAUGAGAGACUAUGGCAACUAUUAUGAUUUUCCUGAAGACCCCGAUGAUGAAUAUUACGAAAAGAAAAAAACGAAACGUCCUUUGGAUUCCCAUAGAGAACAUUCCAAAAACAAAAAACCUAGGUAUCCUUUUGAUUUGGAACCCAGUGAAUAUACACACAGUAUUAGCAUUAAGCAUCCUCGCGAUGAAGGUUCAGAAAGCGAAGCCCACAGUCAUUUCGGUUACAGUUUCGACCCGAACUGCAAAACCAAACCAAAAAAAGGAAGCCAUGAUACCAAUUCAUAUUCCAAUGUGGUAGAUCUAGAGACGAAUCCGAAAUAUCCUUUAUAUUCUCAAGAUUAUUUUCGUGAUAAACAUCCUGACUCUUCAAGUAAUUAUGACUUUGAAAAAUUAAGGCCAUUUAGUAGUUACAGGCCCCACAAAUACGAGGAAAUAACAUUGAAACCUCCUUUUUCGACAAGAUAUACGAGCCCUGUUAUUCCUGAUUUAGCGUAUUCAAGUGAAAAAAUGUAUCCUGAUGAUAUUCCAUUGCGGCCGAAGAAGAAACAUAGGCCUCACAAAGUACCAGAAUCCCAUUUUGGUGAUGAUUUAGAUGACUACGUUUUAGUACCAAAAAAGAAGUACAAGCCCCCAAGGCUGGUAGAGCCACACGAGUUUAGACCAGAGCCUGAAGAUGACUACGAACGGCCCCACCGUGGAAGCAGUUUCGAUGAUAUACAUGACGAUCGACAUCGGCAUCCACCGAGGGGACCUCAAACGGAAAUCGUUCGGAAAAUCGUGAAGAAACGACGUCCGGUUAUUAAUUUAUUAGAUGUUUUUGACAUUUAA